UACACUCAAAAAAUAAAAAGAAAAACAGUUGAAAAAGAAAACAAUUCAUAAAAAAAUUCAUAAACAACAAAAAACACAAACGCGAUGCGAAAUUCAAAGAAAGAUUCGUUCAGGGAAGAAUAUGGGAGUGGGACUAGGAGGCCACACAACUCGCUGAAUCUGGUUGAUCGGGAACUUUCUGUUUUCAUGAGGAUACCAAAGCUAAAAUUCCAAUCCGUGGAGCCCUUACCCAUCGCUUCCAGGGACUAUGGGCUAAUGAAGUCCUCUAAUAAGUCGUCGACUCCAUAUCCUCGCGCGCAGCAAGGAGUUGAUGCCAGUUUACUAAAGGCUCGUCUCAUAAUGCGUACUGGUUCUGAUAAUCGAAACCAUUCACGCCCGGAAAGGCCGGAAAGACCGGAAAGACCGGAAAGGCCGGAAAGACCGGAAGACGGAAGUCCAAGUAUCAGCGAUGGGAGCUCUCAUAGGUGGAAAACCCUGCCAAAAUCUAAGCCAUCGGUCGCCGUAUUUCGUCGCCCGUCGCUGACUAGGAGUAUGAAGGAUAUAGUUGCCGUUGGCACUCCGCAUCCAAAAAAAGGCGUGGCCUUAAAUCCCAAGGUACUGGGCCGGCGGCUGACAGACAUAAACGAAAUGUUAUGGAAAACAACCGAUAUGAGCGAACAUUCAAUGCCAAGCCUGGUGAAACCGAAGGGGUUAAAGACGAAGAGGAAGGUCCUGCUGGCAACGCCCGAGGAAAGUCGAGAAUCGGAGUUUAUGCACCGCCCCGGAGCACCGCCAGAUGAAGAACUGGUCGGUGAGGGUGUGAGCCCGCGGUUAACCUAUACCGACUGCGAAGACACGAUGUGCUCGAUUUGCGAGGAAUUCCAGGAGCCGCAGCUAAGUUUCGCAGAGCGACGCAAGAUUUCCCAGGAGGGGGAGUACACCAUUGCAAAAUACGGCCGGAAAAUGAGCGAUAUAAUGAUGGCGGCCCCAAAUGCGAACCAGGAGGUUGACGACAAAAGUAAGCGCUACGCAAAGAAAGCUAGUUUAGAGAUGGAGAGGUAUAUGCGAUCGCAGGGCCUGGUCAAGAUAUCAAACGAUCAGGUUACCAUGACCAGAAAUAUGGCCCGUAUAUCGACACAGAUGAAUUGAUCCCUUUAUGGAUUAUAUGAUCACUGGUCACGCGAGGGAUUUCUUGUAGCUUAGCUAGCAGGAUUGCCAAAGGAUGAGAGAUUUCUUCACCUACAGCACUCCUGCUGGUUAGAGGUACGAGACUUCGAUGUGGUAUCUGAAUAUAUUCAACAAUUUGGAUUUUAUUUUAUGUAAAUUGUGGUCAACUUCUCAAAAAGGAUUAUCAUUAAUGGAAUCUAUAUAAUAUAAUUGA